AAAAGCAAACCCGAAGCUCUCCAGAGCACAGUCUGCGUCGACAUCUAGAGAGCCAACAUGUUCCUGAGCAGAGCAUCCGUCGUUCUCCUCGUCGCGUUCUUGGGGACCUCGUGGUCUAAUGGAGAUGGAGUUGCUUCAGCCAGUCCGCUACCUCAAGGGUUUAUGGGAGGGCCCGGAUACUACCCACAGUAUCCAGGGCUUCCGUACUACUCACCGCAACCUCGAGUGGUUUACGUACAGGCUCUGAGGUCGAGUCCUCCACUCAUAAGGACAUGGGAUGGUAUUCACGAUUGGGCCCAGAAUACGGUUCAAAGCGUUUUGGGUCAACCCGCCCCGAACACAGACAGAAACCAAAACACAGGCCAACCAGCCUACAACAGUUAUUGACAUUAAAGAAUAGUA